GUUUCUUAAAUUCAGAGUGACAAAUUAAUCAGUUUCGUGUGUUCAGAGAAGAAGAAGAAGAAGAACAGAUCAAUACGAGGAGAGAGAUCUCCCAACAGUUUCAAGUAAUUAAACAGAAGGUUAAACUUAACUAAAUUAGAAAAUGGGAUACUGGAAUUCUAAGGUUGUUCCAAAAUUCAAGAAGUUAUUCGAGAAGAAUAGCGCUAAGAAGGCUGCUGCUGCUGAAGCUUGCAAGACCUUUGAUGACUCUAAGGAAACAAUCAACAAGGAAAUUGAGGAGAAAAAGACAGAACUCCAACCAAAGGUCGUGGAAACCUAUGAGGCCACGUCUGCCGAAGUCAAGGCUUUGGUGAGAGACCCUAAGGAGGCUGGUUUGAAGAAAAACUCAGCGGCUGUGGUGAAGUAUCUCGAGGAGCUUGUCAAAAUUGAAUUCCCCGGAUCAACGGCUGUGAAAGACGCUUCGUCUACCUAUGGAGCUAACUAUGUCGCAGGACCGGUCACGUUCUUAUUCGAGAAGGUAUGUGUGUUCCUCCCCGAGGAGGUGAAGACACGAGAAGUUGUGGCCGAGGAACCGGCCAAAACCGAAGAGCCAGCCAAAACUGAAGAACCGGUCAAAACCGAAGAAACAAGUGGUGAGAAAGAGAAGGAUAUUGUUGAAGAGAUUAAGAAAGACGAGACCGCUACAACCGCGGUCGUGGAAGAGAAGAAACCGGAGGUAGAGGAGACGAAGCCUGUUGAAGAAGUGAAAAAGGAAGAAGCUACUCCAGCUCCGGCGGUGGUUGAAACUCCGGUUAAGGAACCGGAAACGACGACGGCGCCAGUGGCUGAACCACCAAAGCCUUGAUGUGUGUUUCAAGAUGGUAUCAUUACUUCUCUUGUAUGAAAACAUCUUUGUACGUAACAAAAAAAGGAAAAAAAAAAACUUAUUUUUCAUUCU